AUGACCUCACAUCAGGACCAUUCCGAAGCCGCUGCGGACCUGCGUCAGUUCCUGAAGGAGCUCGAUGACGAGAAUGACCUUCUCGUUAUUAAGGACGAGGUGGACCCUGAAAUGGAGCUCGCUGCAAUAACUCGUAGAGUCUAUGAAACCGAGGAAAAAGCACCCUUGUUCGAAAAUAUCACUGGUCGGAAAGGCAACGGUCUCUUCCGCAUCCUGGGAGCACCGGUGGGACUAAGCCGCGUUCCUGGCCAAAGACUUGGUCGGAUCGCAAAAAGUCUAGGGCUACCUUCCUCUGCAACGGGCAAGCAAAUCAUUGAGAGAAUUAAUGAAGCAAAGGGUCUUCAGCCGCUACCUCCCAAUGAAGUCGAGUCUGGGCCUAUCAAAGAUUACAAGAUCUUCGGCGACGAAAUUGAUCUCACCACUCUUCCGACUCCUCUUUUGCACCAGCAUGACGGUGGGAAGUUUAUAGAGACUUUCGGCAUGCACAUUGUCCAAAAGCCGGAUGGAACUUGGACGAACUGGUCCAUCACUCGGGCUAUGAUCCACGGCAAGCGCACACUUGUUGGACUGAUCAUUUCAAAGCAAGACAUCGGAGUGAUUUUUGAGGAGUGGAAAGCCAUCGGACAAGAUAUGCCAUGGGCGUUGUGUUUUGGAGUUCCACCAGCUGCCAUUAUGGUGGGUGGUAUGCCGCUUCCAAAGGGGGAAGAUGAGGCUGGGUACAUCGGUGCUCUGAUUGGAAAACCGCUGGAUGUGGUUCAAUGCGAAACAAAUAGUCUUCGUGUUCCUGCAAAUGCAGAAAUUGUGAUGGAGGGGUUUGCUUCGAUAUCUGAGACUGCACCGGAAGGACCGAUGAUGGAGUAUCACGGUUUGGUCUAUCCUGGACGCACCCAGGAGUGUCCGAUUUUCAAAGUGAAUGCCAUCACUUAUCGUGAGGAUCCAAUCCUGCCCAUCUGCAUCACUGGACGAGCCAGUGAAGAGAGUCACACCGUGUGGGGGGUGAUGGUAGCUGCGGAGGUAUUGAGCGUCUGCCAAAGUGCAGGUCUACCCGUCCAAAUGGUUUGGUCUCCCUUUGAAUCGCAUGCGCAUUGGUUUGCCAUUCAAGUCGACCGCAAAAGGCUUCGUGACUUGAAUACCAACAUGGAUGAAUUUUCUACCAAACUAGGGCAUGUUGUAUUUGGUUCAAAGCCUGGAUGGUACAUUCCAAAGGUGUUCCUAGUCGGAGAUGAUAUUGAUCCUACUGAUCUUCGGGAUCUAAUCUGGGCAGAGGCUACUCGCUGUGAGCCCGGAACUAGCGAGUUCCUCUUUGAUGAAUACGGAAACAUUCCUUUGAUCCCGUAUGUUGCGCACGGUAAAAGACCAGAGCGCAACAACAACAAGGUACUAAAAUGUUGUAUGCUUCCGUGCGAGUUUGUUGAUGAAGACCUUCCUUGGAAGGUUGGAUCUUUCAAGGGUUCAUAUCCUGUUGAUGUUCAAAGAAAGGUCGAGACUGACUGGACCAAAUAUGGCUUUGAUGCGCUGUGA